CGCAUUUCUCCGCAUAAUAAUAAUAGACUGGUAAACAACAUCGCAAUAACCGCAAAAAACUACUAUAAUUUUUGGUUUCUGAUUUAUGUGUAUAACUUGAACGCUUAAUAAUUCAAUAAUUGCUUUCUACUCUUGACAAUCGUGGAAUUUUCAGAAUAUUUCAAGUAGUAAAAGGUUUACUCAGAGAUUAACGACGCUGAACGCACAAAUAGAAAUCUGGACAAAUUCGAAAUGUAGGCGUUAAGAAAGACGAAGCGUGUUGCCGGAUGAUGUAUUGAUACUGAACACGUAUUUGACAUCCAUUUAUCGCCGUUUUUCGUCCCCCGUAAGUAAGGAAUAAAAUGUACUCCUCGUCGUCAUCCAGGUCUAAGCAGGCGACUUACCAGAACAGAGGAUCCAUGUUUAGAACUAAUGGUUCAAACUCGGUAGCAAUCAUGAACCAGUUUGUAACGGGUUUAAAAAAUAAGAAUGAAGAGGUUCGCUGUAAAGCUGCCCGUGACUUGUAUCACUAUGUCACUACAGAACUCAGAGAAGUCCCAGUUGAAGAACUUUCAAACUUUAUGGACGAGUUUAACCACUUGAUUUUCGAUAUGGUUUCUAGUCAUGACGUAAAUGAACGAAAAGGCGCAAUUCUUGCCAUAGAGUCCUUAAUCGGCGUCGAUGUUGGGAACACUUCUACAAGAAUAUCCAGAUUUGCCAACUAUUUGAGAAAUACAUUCCCCUCGAACGAUGUUGAGGUCAUGGAAUUGGCAGCUAAAGCAGUUGGGAAACUUGCCUUGGUUUCUGGAACCUAUUCUACAGAGUACAUCGACGUGGAAGUGAAGCGGGCCUUUGAGUGGUUAUCUGCUUCGGAAAGACAUGAAGGGAAGCGACUGGCAGCAGUUUUAGUUCUUAAAGAACUCGCUGUCGCAACACCAACAUUUUUCUUUCAACAAGUUCAACAGUUUUUUGAUGUUAUAUUCAAUGCUGUCAGGGACCCCAAGCCCAAUAUCCGUGAGGGAGCAGUUAAAGCUUUGCGUCAUGCUUUGAUCGUUACAGCUCAGAGAGAGAAAACUCAAACACAGACACACUAUUACAAACAAUGCUUCGAAGAGGCAAAAGUGGGGUUUAUUGGGGAGCAGAGCGGUCAAGGAGGCAAAGAGAAGGGUAUAACAAAGGAUGACAGGUGCCACGGGAGCAUGCUCGUUUUGAAUGAACUUUUAAGGUGUUCCAAUGCUGAAUGGGAACGGCAAUUCUGGGAGUUGAGGGAGAAAUUAAGUGGAUGUCUUGCUGACUAUUCUGCUGGGAGUGGUGGUGCAGCAAGUUUGGGCCGAUCAGCGCAUCAACUUACGCAAGAUAUUUUAUCCCAAUUUUUUCCACGAUGGAAAGCUCGACGUCAUGCUGGCAAACGCGUAGGUGGAAAGUUAAUAAAUUCUUCAUCCAGUCCUGGAAUUUCCAAUUUAAGCCUUGGCCAUCCUGGGAUUCAUUUACACCACUCGUCAAUGACGGAUGAGUUCAACACUGGGAUUGGAAGUGGGGCUGGGGAUCAAACUUUAACUUUCACAGAGUCAAUGGCAUGUAAAACCAUUGUUAGUGAAAAUUUCCUGGAGAUUUGUCGUCAAGUAUUAGAACAACGAAAUUCUCGGAGCCCAUAUGUUCAACAAGCUUUAUUCAUGAUACUCCCACGUCUGGCAGCUUUUAACCAAGAGUUAUUUUGCCAAGCACCAGCGACCAAAGCUGGCAUGGCCAGUCCACUUUCAACAAGUAUGAACUAUUUACUGCAAAGUCUGAGAAACAAGGAAAGAAGCGACCCGUUUAUAACAAUUGGACUUUUAUCCAUUGCUGUUGACGGGAACAUUAAAUCAUAUUUGCCAAAAAUCAUGGAGUUUGUACGAUCUGCUCUCCCAAGCAAGAUAUUUUUAACAAAGGAGACGCCGAGAAAAAACUUGAAAUUCGACCCUUCCAUAUUCACAUGUCUAACCUUACUAUCUAUUUCUACAAAAUCUGCAAUCCGCGAAGAUAUUUUAGAAAUGUUAGAUUCCAUGCUGGCUACUGGAUUGAGCCCUGCACUUACUACAGCUCUACGAGAGAUUCAAAUUCAGAUUCCUUCCUUAAAGAAAGAGAUAAAUGACGGUCUUUUGAAAAUUUUAAGUCAAAUUCUCAUGAACCAGCCUUGGAGACAUCCCGGCAUGCCAAAGAAUUUCAUGCAAACGUUUUCUGGAUCUUCUAAUAUAGCCUCGUCGACUGCAGGUACAGUUUCCACAAAUAUUAGUGGUGUCGCGUCUGGAUCUUCCUCUGGCGAUAGCGGGGAUAACGCAAGUGUUGUUUUGGCACUCGAGACACUUGCAAAGUUUGAUGUUGAUGGAAAUUCCGUUAUUCAAUUCGUUAAACAUUGUGCAGAUGUAUUUUUAACUUCCGAUUGCAAAGAGAUUCGACUUGAAGCAGUAAGAACAUGUAGCACAUUACUUCGCAUGGCUAUUCAGGGUUUAGAAGGCAGGUAUUCUCACACUGUGACUACAACCGUUGCUGAUGUUUUAAAUAAACUACUAGUUGUCGGAAUUACGGAUUCAGAUCCAGAAGUUCGAUUUAGUGUUCUCGAAAAUCUUGACGAAAUAUUUGAUAGUUACCUAAGUCAGCCUGAAAAUUUGUCUGCAUUAUUUGUGGCAUUACACGACGAAGUUUUUGAAAUCCGAGAAAUUGCACUGUGCACUAUUGGAAGACUGAGUCUAAUCAACCCAGCCUAUGUUUUACCCGGGCUGCGGAAAGUUUUGGUCCAGAUUUUGAACGAGCUUGAAUAUUCUGGAAUGGGCAGAAACAAAGAGCAGGCUGCUAGAAUGCUGGGACAUUUAGUAUCCACAAGUCCUAAAUUGAUGAAAUCAUACAAAGAUCCCGUCUUGAAAGCUCUAAUGCGAAAACUGAAAGAUACCGACCCCAAUCCCGGAGUGGUGAUUAACAUUCUUGUGACACUCGGAGAUUUAGCACAGGUUGCCGGAAAGGAAAUGUAUAGCACUGUCCCGGAUCUUUUGACUGUGCUGUUAGACAUGCUUAAUGACUCUGGUGCUCCAACACAACGAGGUUUUGCGUUAUGGACAUUAGGACAGCUAGUUGAAAAUACCGGUUCUGUUGUUACUCCAUAUCAAAAGUUUCCAACAUUGCUAGACACACUGCUAUCAUUCCUAAAAACAGAGCAACAACAUUUCGUUCGUCGUGGAACAAUUCGAGUACUAGGAUUGUUGGGAGCCUUAGAUCCUUACAAACAUAAAAUGCACCUUGGUCAAAUUGACGUUGAAGGGAAUGCUAUAGCUCUGGUUUCAAUGACGGACCCAAAGUCUGAAAUUGAAUCAGUCCAAGAAAUGAGCACGAGUGAAAUGUUGAUUCACAUGUCCAAUGCCACUCUUGACGAAUUUUACCCAUCAAUUGCGAUUGCAACGCUGAUGAGAAUAAUCAGAGACAAUACCCUCGCUCAGCACCACACAUCAGUAGUACAAGCUGUCACAUUCGUCUUCAAGUCUUUGAACGUAAGCUGUGUUACGUACAUUCCUCAAGUUAUUCCGUGCCUUAUUCAAGUUAUCAGAACCACCGAAAUGCAAUAUAAAGACUUUCUUUUUCAACAAUUGGGCAUGUUGAUUGCAAUUGUUAAACAACAUAUUAGAAGUUACCUCGAUGACAUUUUUACUCUAAUCAAGGAGUUUUGGAUGGUCAAUCCUUCCUUACAAGUGACUAUCAUUCUCGUGGUUGAGCAAAUAGCGAUUGCACUCGGAUCAGAAUUCAAAGUUUAUUUAGCAAAAUUAAUCCCUCUAAUGUUGAAAGUUUUAGUAUAUGAUAUCAGCAAAGAUAGAGUCGUAACUGCAAAUCUUCUGAAUGCUUUACAAAAAUUUGGAACAAAUUUGGAUGAAUUUUUACACCUUCUGCUGCCUCCGAUCGUUAAACUAUUAGACAAUCCUGAAGUUCCUCUUAGUGUUAAGCGGAUUGCACUGGAAACUAUUGAACAACUAUCUUGCACUCUUAAUUUUUCAGAUUUUGCCAGCAGAAUCGUCCAUCCCCUUGUUCGUACCUUGGACGUUACACCAGAGCUUCGCGACAAUUGCAUGGAUACGUUGGCGAGUUUAGUUAUCCAGUUUGGGCCCAAGUUUCAAGUUUUCACUCCAAUGGUUCAAAGAAUAUUAAAGAAACACAACAUUAAGCACUCCCGUUACGAUACUCUCGUCCUGUAUAAAUGUAAGGAUGACUAUUUUUCGGAAGGAGAUGAUAACGAGAUCACACAGUUAUCCAGGAUCAAGCAAAGGACAUACAGUCGAUCCAGAAAUAUGAUGGGGUUGACUGCAAUGGACACUUAUUCUAUUAACAGGUUCCAUGUGUCCACAGCAAAUCUUCAAAGGGCUUGGACUGCAUCACGACGAGUUUCUAAAGAAGAUUGGUUAGAGUGGAUGAGAAGAUUGUCGAUUGAAUUUCUUAAAGAAUCCCCAUCUCCAAGUCUUCGUGCUUGUCAUAAUCUUGCGCAGACAUAUGCCCAACUACCCAGAGAUUUAUUCAACGCCGCAUUUGUUUCUUGUUGGACGGAAUUGCAAGAAGAACAGCAGAAUGAACUGAUUGCUAGCUUACGACAAGCUUUAAUGGUUGAUGAUUUGCCAGAAAUUACUCAAAUUAUUCUGAAUUUGGCAGAAUUCAUGGAACACUGUGAUAAGGGUCCAUUGCCGUUGGAGCCCGAGUUCUUGGGCGAGAGAGCAAUGUCUUGUUGCGCUUAUGCUAAGGCACUUCAUUACAAAGAAGAACAGUUUCAUAAAAGUCCAAGCUCUGAAGUUUUGGAAACGUUGAUUUCUAUUAACAAUAAACUUCAAAACAAAGAAGCAUCAGCAGGACUACUGGAAUAUGCCAUGAAAAAUUACGGAAAUCAUUUACGGGUACAGGAACAGUGGUAUGAAAAACUCCAUGACUGGGAGAAAGCUCUUGAACUAUACCGGAACAAGUUGGAGACGAAUCCAGGCGAUAUUGAUUUGUCAAUUGGGCAAAUGCGAUGUCUUGAAGCUUUAGGUGACUGGCAAGCUCUGGAGGAAGUUGCUCGAGCAAAGUGGCCAACUGUUGCCGAUAAGAGCAAAAAUAAAAUUGCGCACAUGGGUGCAGCCGCAAGUUGGGGUCUUAAUAAAUGGGACAGGAUGGAAAAAUAUGUACAGUUUAUUCCACGGGAUAGUCUCGAUGGUACCUUUUACCGUGCUUUGAUCGCCAUUCAUAAGGAACUUUAUGCUCAAGCUGAACAGCUGAUUGAUUCUGCUCGUGAUAUUUUGGAUACGGAACUAACUGCAAUGGCUAGUGAAUCAUACCAAAGAGCAUAUAAUACAAUGGUUAUCGUGCAAAUGUUAGCUGAACUGGAAGAGGUUAUUCAGUUUAAAGUUGUUCCUGAACGUAGAGAAGACAUUAAACUAAUGUGGUGGGAAAGAUUAAAGGGGUGCGUUAAUCGGAUUGAAGAUUGGCAAAAGAUUCUUCAAACCCGUUCUGUUGUGCUGAGCAAACACGACGAUAUACGGACCUACCUUAAGUUUGCAAGUUUGUGCCGCAAGAAUGGUCGUUUGAAGUUAUCUGAAAAAACCUUGGUCUCAUUGUUGGGACAAGAACCAGAUUCACGAAAAGUUCUACCUACCACUUAUCCUCAAGUUACUUAUGCAUUUACAAAGCACUUGUGGGCCAGUGGCGACAAAACCACUGCCUUCUGGCAACUACAAAAUUUUGUAAAAAAUUCGCUUCUACCCCAGCUAAGCGGAUGCAGUGUACCUUGCGACAAUGGAACCAUAGUUGAGAAUUCUCCUACCGAAUUACGGAAACUACUUGCUCGUUGCUGUUUACGACUUGGUGAAUGGCAAGAAAAUCUUGAAGGCCUUAAAGAAGGAGUAAUCAACCAAGUUCUAAAGUGCUACAACUCUGCAACAGAAUAUGAUCCAUCUUGGUACAAAGCUUGGCACGCUUACGCUUACAUGAACUUUGAAGCUGUUUUAUACAAUAAAAAUAACUCUCAAAAUCAAGCGAUGCCUGAUAAGAUAGGAUUGACUCCAUCAUAUAUCAGUCAGUACACAAUUCCUGCUGUUCAAGGAUUUGUUCGUUCAAUUGCCCUAAGUCGUUCCACGGGCUCUAGCCUCCAAGACACCUUACGUCUCUUGACACUAUGGUUUGAUUUUGGUCAUUGGCAUGAAGUACACGAUGCUCUAGCUGAAGGAAUCAGAGGGAUCCAUGUAGAUACUUGGUUGCAAGUCAUACCACAACUUAUUGCACGUAUUGAUACACCUCGACAUCUCGUUGCUAAAUUAAUCCAUCACCUACUAGCUGACAUUGGAAAAUACCAUCCACAAUCCCUCAUUUAUCCAUUGACUGUUGCAUCAAAAUCCUCAAGUCCUGCUCGAUUAGCCGCAGCUAACAAAAUUCUCAAAAACAUGUGUGAACAUUCACAUAUUCUCGUACAACAAGCCAUGAUGGUUUCAGAAGAACUUAUCAGAGUGGCGAUUUUGUGGCAUGAACUCUGGCAUGAAGGUCUUGAGGAGGCUUCAAGAUUAUACUUCGGAGAGCGAAAUGUCCAAGGAAUGUUCCAAGUUCUGGAACCACUUCACGCAAUGUUAGAACGAGGCCCACAGACAUUAAAAGAAACGAGCUUUAAUCAGGCCUAUGGUCGAGAUUUAACUGAAGCUUUAGAAUGGUGUAAACGCUACAAAAUUUCUGGGAAUUUGCGCGAUCUUAACCAAGCAUGGGACUUGUAUUACCACGUAUUCAAAAGGAUUUCACGGCAGUUACCCCAGUUAAUUAGUUUAGAACUACAAUAUGUGUCUCCCAAGUUGUUGAAAUGUAGAGAUUUAGAGCUGGCAGUUCCUGGUUCUUAUGUGCCUGGCCGCCCAGUGAUACAAAUUGCACACAUUCAAAGUCUCUUACAAGUCAUCACUAGCAAACAACGACCUAGAAAAUUGCAUGUUACUGGAUCGAAUGGAAAAGAAUUUGUGUAUUUAUUGAAGGGUCACGAAGAUUUACGUCAAGAUGAAAGAGUUAUGCAGCUAUUCGGACUCGUUAAUACGCUCCUUCUCGGUGACCCAGAAACGUUCCGUCGAAACUUGACAAUCCAACGGUAUGCUGUUAUCCCACUCUCUACAAACAGUGGGUUAAUUGGGUGGGUGCCUCACUGUGAUACGCUACACACUCUAAUUCACGAUUACCGAGAAAAAAAGAAAAUUCUACUCAACAUUGAGCACAGAAUCAUGCUAAGAAUGGCACCAGACUAUGAUCAUUUGACUUUGACGCAAAAAGUAGAAGUAUUUGAACAUGCCUUAGAACAUACCCAGGGAGACGACUUGGCGAAACUGCUAUGGCUAAAAAGUCCAUCAAGUGAAGUUUGGUUCGAUAGACGAACCAACUAUACGAGAUCCUUAGCAGUCAUGUCCAUGGUUGGUUAUGUCCUGGGAUUGGGGGACCGUCACCCCUCAAACCUCAUGUUGGAUCGCGAAAGUGGGAAAAUUGUCCACAUUGAUUUUGGAGAUUGCUUCGAAGUGGCUAUGACGAGGGAGAAAUAUCCAGAAAAGAUCCCUUUCCGACUCACCCGAAUGUUGAUUAAUGCGAUGGAGAUUACUGGAAUUGAUGGAACGUAUCGAUGCACUUGUGAAUCUGUGAUGAAGGUCUUGCGCCACAAUAAAGACUCGCUAAUGGCCGUCUUGGAAGCAUUUGUGUAUGAUCCACUCUUAAAUUGGCGUUUAAUUGACAAUGCUAAUGCAACAAAGUCAACCAAGCGAGGAAAGGCUGUCGUGCCGCAUCAGUCCAUGGCCGCUACAGCCACUACUGUACAUCCAUCCAGUGGUUCACUCCAAGAUCGUGAUGGAUCAGACACUUUGGAGAUCACCAGCAGUGAUGGACAUCCAACUGGCACUACACCGGCAGCCGUUUCUAAAAAAGUUAACCCAGAGGCUGACAAUACAGAGAAGCCACAACCUGAGGCCUUGAAUAAGAAAGCUCUGGAUGUUGUCACUAGAGUGAGGGAAAAAUUAACUGGAAAGGACUUUCAAAAUGAGGAACCAUUUGUAGUUAAGAAACAAGUUGAUUUGCUUAUCCAACAAGCAACCAGUCACGAAAACCUGUGUCAAUGUUAUAUUGGAUGGUGUCCAUUCUGGUAAACAAAAGUUAGUCAGUCAAAAGACGACCCAUGUACCUAUCAGCAACCACAUGAAAAUUUUCUGAAAUCCUUUAAGAGUGCCAAAACAAAUUUUACCUUCGCGUAGCAGAAACUAUAGCAUAUAUACUCAUAUUUUAAGCAAUAUUAUAUUAUCAUGUGUUAUCAUUUUCAUGAUUACUGCCAUUCAUCAAGUUGUUGAUUUUAUUAAUAAUAAUAUGUGUCAUUUUAGUCUUCUUUAAAUGUGUACAUACAUCCGUGUAGCUUUCACAUUACACUUAUGUACGUAACUAUCAUGAACAUUUUGCUUUUGUUGAACUGAUUAGAGCUUCAUUUAUGCUUUGACUGCCAGGACAGUUUGUGAAUAUAAAAAAGACUACAACACAACAGCAACAAUAAAAUAUUUUUUUAAAUAAA